CGCAGCACUCCAGGAAACGUAGGGACGAAAGAGAAAGUGUUUCUGGGGUUUAACUUUGACAGGAGAUAGAAAUCCUCCUCGUAUGAGUCGAUAGUAAAAAGAGAAGUUAUUUUCCAACAGUCUGCAGGAAUGUCUGGAAAGUGUGACUCUAUCAGCUGAAGUGCAGCUGGUAACAGUGUGGAGGUGGACUGAUCGAGUCUCCAAAAAGAGAAGAAAAAUGAAUUACUAUGACAAUGAUCUACAGGUGUUCGCUCCUCCAGCAGCAAAUAAAAAGUACCAUGGCCUGUUAAACCAAGGAGCAACGUGUUACUUGAACAGUGUACUGCAGGUGCUGUUCAUGACCGAAGACUUCAGAGAGGCUGUGGAAAGGUUCACCUGUGGCUCUGAUCUCAUUGAUCAUCAUCUUCAAGCCCUGUUUGAAGACUUGAAGAAAAGAACAACAUACACUUAUAACAUCACAAAGAAACUGGGCAUCGACAGAGUGAAUGAACAGCGAGAUGCUGCUGAGUACUAUGAGAAGAUUUUAACUCAGACCAGUCAUGAAGCAUCAAAGAUCUUCCACGGACAGUUGACACAUGUGACCAUAUGUUCCACAUGUCGUGCAGAGAAAAACAGAGAUGGGCUGUUUUGGCAUCUUCCUCUUGAGUUGGUGGAUUCCUACAGUGAAGACUACAGCGUGGUGGAUGGGACCGAGGAGUAUUUCAGAGAUUUGAAUUUCAGCGAAGAAAACCAGAUGUACUGUGACCAGUGUGAUGCCAAAUCUGAUGCUACUGUGAAAUGUGUGAUGAAGCAUCAUCCAGAGGUUUUGACGCUGCUGCUGAAGAGGUUUCAGUUUGACUACUACUACAUGUCAUAUGUCAAAAACCCCCGUGUUGUGGAUGUUCCCUCCACCCUACACAUCCCAGAGAAUCAGACGUAUGAACUGUAUGCAGUGGUUGAGCAUUUUGGUGGUCUCAGAAGUGGACAUUACACUGCAAAGAUCAAGUCCCAGGAGGAUGGGAGAUGGUACAACUUUGAUGAUAGCAAUGUCACACUGCUUGAUUAUCAGCCAUCACAGGAGGAUCACAGUGAGAAAUCCUACAGCGCUUAUCUUCUUUUUUACAGAAAAAAGAAAAUCCACUCUGCAGAUACUUGUUCUCAAGGUGACCGGGAGGUGUCAACCAGUGGAGGUGUCCCACCUGUUACCAGUGUCAUCUAUGACCAUGGUCAAGAUGCUGAACAGUUUAGAAAGAGAGAGGAAGAUGAGAAGACAGAGGAGAAAGUGGGUAAUGACCCUGUAGAGCCUGUUUCCAACGACAGAAAUGAACAAACAGGAAUUAGAGACAUGGUCACUGUUGGGUCUGUAGAUGAUGUCAGGCAGAGAGAAUCACACAAUCCUCAAGAGAAUGAUGAGGAAAGCAGAGACUAUGGUGAUUAUCCUCCAGAUGCUCACACUGAAAAGGGAGAGCUGUACACUACAGAAACUCAGCCUAGAGAGAGAGUUGAUGAACAGGGCCAUGACAAUGUAGGAACAGAUUAUAGUAGAGAGAGUGAACCAGAUUUUAAACCUGAAGUCAGAGACAGGCAUGCAAGAUAUAAUCAACUUAACACACAGGAUGAGAUGAACAGUGUACAGAGGAGAGUAACUGAUGUAAAGACAGACAUGGAUAGAAAGACUGAAAGUGAUAAACAGUCAGAAAAUACAGAUAAAUCCUUGACAGAAUACCUAAACAGGUAUGAAAAGCAUCAGGGCAGUGAAGGAUUAGAUGAUGUUAAUGAAAAGCAGGAAGUUGAACAAGAUUAUAACUGUCAGGAUGUUAACGUGGAUGAAAAGGGAGACGUGGAGAAGAGGGAAAUAGAUGUUAAAGAUGUAGUGGAAGGAAAGACUGGACCCGAUGGACCAACAUCAGAGAGCAGAUGCCUCUUAACAAAAUAUGACCUCUGCUUUCCCAAGUCUAGUAAACACAACAUGUCAGAAGAAAACCAGAGGUGUAAACACAAAAAUGUGCCUGAUAUAAUGGACAAAAAUGGAGAUGAUGAGAAGAUAGAAAAAGAUGUUAAAGGUGACAAGGCAGGAAAGACUGCAGCUAAUAGACUGACAUCAGGGGGAAGAAAGCUCCUGACAAAAUAUGACCUCUGCCAUCUAAGGCUUCAGAACAAUGGAGGAGUUGGUGACAGUAAACAGAACAGGCCAGAGGAUGAUCAGGGAUGUAACCAGGGAGGCAGUAGCAGAAAUGAAAGACAUGAGCAACAGGGAGAGGAGAUGAGGGGUGUUAAGGGAAAGGAGGAACAAAAUAGAAGACAUGAAUAUGCACAAAGAACAGGAACAUUCACAACAGAACCUCAGCCAAGAGAAGGUGUAGAGGAUCAGGACAAGAGAGGAUCAGAUGAUGAUGGACAGAGCAGACCAGAGCAGAAUAUCAGUGUUCAACACACAAUGCUUACAGAUGUCGAUGUGGAGGAACAAGCCAAAGGUCAAGAGAAUAAAGAGGAUGAACAAACUGACAACAAAGAGGGCUGCUCUCAAACAGGACUGGAAAAAAUGGAAAAAUUUACAAAGAACCAGGAAGUUGAAAAGACGACACUGGGGAAUUCUAAUCCAAAUGAAACAACUGGUAUAAGUGGGCCAAAGCACAAAACAAUAUAUGUGAAGAUAACUGAGGUAGUAGAAACACCUAGUGGUAUUCAAAGCAGCAGUCAGAUGACGACCACAAUAAUUAAAACCAUUGAUGGAAUCUCACAAUACAGCAUUAAGAGUCAGGUAAACAAUGAGGGGAUUGCUGAAAGAAAAUCAGAUCCAGAAACAGAUGCACAUGAUGCUUUGUCUGAUAAUUUUAGCAGUUUAAAUAUGAAUGAGUCACUUUUAUCAAAACCACAAAACAGAAACAAAAGAGUCAUCGAAGAGGAGAAUGAUCCAAACAAUAUAAUCUGUUCACGUGCCAAAAAAAUACAAAAAAUGUCUGAUUCACAAACACAAGCUGCAGGAAUAAAACGUGCAGUGAAAGAAAAAAUGUGCUCACAGGAGGAGAGGAUGGUGUUAUGUGACAGAAAGAAAAAAAGAACCAGACCAAAAAAACAGAAUAAGACGGAUGUUUGUUUUUCAUUUUUUGGGAAAAGCCAGAAAAAUGCAGACCAAGCCUCAAAGGCAGAUUAAGGAUCAUAUAAAUCACUAUUUUAAAAGAAUGCAUUGUGGUCAUUGUGGUGAUCCACAAGAUUGUACCUCUAGUUUUUAAUUGUUGCUUGUCAGUACUUAACAAUAUUGCACUGAUCAGGGAUCUGGUAGUUAUCCAGCAGUAUGGACAGGCUGUAGGCUGCAUCUAUAUUUAUUAUUGAGUGUGUGUUGGUAGCUCUCUCCUCUGUUUAACAGACCUUUGCUGGUUUUUGCUGAUGUAAAAUGCAUCACUUCCUGUUUACCACAGGAUUGUUUGUGUGUAAAGAACAGCCAAUGUAAAAGGUUUAAUUAGUAAAUUAUCAGUAACAGAAAUAACUGAAUGAUCAAUGAUGAUUUCUUUGUCUUUAGUUGCUCUUCUUAGUUUCAGUAUUUACUGAAUGUAAUGUGUAGUUUGGUUUCAGACAAAAGAUUGUGUGUGGAAACUCAAAUGUAAAUCUUUGUGAUAUUUUAUUUGAACGUUUGAUGUGCUGUCUUUUGGUCUCAGUGUUGUUUACGAGCAAAAGACAGUUUUAAACAAAACUGCCACAAAGAUCCUAAAGAUUUUCUUUUCUUUUAACGCAGACCUUUGUGUUGUGAUUCACCUCUGUGUCACUUAAGAGAUUCUGACACUGAUAUGAAUAAAUAAAAAUAUGUCCGCAUUGAUGAACCUGA